AUGCUCAGCAAAACUAUUGUCGCAGCCCUUCUGGGCUUCGUAUCUCUGACCAAUGCUGCUAAGAAGUGCCCCGUUGCCGACGUUUCCGCCAUUGCCCACACUGGCACUCCAAUUGGCGAGGAGGUCAAGUACAAUGGGCUGACCCAAUAUGUCACCAAGCCAAGCACGCGUGGUAAUAGGACUGUUGGAGUCCUUUACCUGACCGACGUUUUCGGAAUCCAGCUCGCGCAAAACAAGCUCCUGUCCGACAGCUUUGCUCGCGCCGGUUACAUCUCCGUCGCGCCGGACCUGUUCAACGGCAGCCCCGCCCCGAACGAUAUCAACAUCCCCGGCUUCAACACGACGGCAUUCCUUGCGCAGCACGGACCCAACGUCACUGACCCGAUCAUCGCCAACUCCAUCAAGUACCUGCGCGAGGAACUCGGCGUGAGCAAGGUCGCCGUCACGGGAUACUGCUUCGGAGGCCGCUACUCUUUCCGCGUCCUCGCCGAGGGCAAGGGCGCUGAUGUCGGCUUCGCCGCGCACCCGAGUCUUCUUACCGAUGAGGAGAUUACGGCCAUCACUGGUCCCGCGAGUGUCGCUGCCGCCGAAACUGAUAACCUCAUGUCACCCGCUCGUCGUGCCGAGGUUGAGGCCCUCCUCAGUGAGACUGGCCAGCCCUUCUCCCUCGCUGUGUAUGGUGGUACCUCGCAUGGGUUCGGCGUUCGCGCCAAUAUUUCGGACCCCAGACAGAAGUUCGGCAAGGAGGAGGCUUUCUUCCAGGCUGUUCGCUUCUUUGACACCUGGGCUUGA